AUGGCGAAGUUUAUGAGCUACGACGUCUACGAGAUUAAUCUGCACAAUGUGAGAAACGACGCCGAUUUGAAGUACCUUCUCCUCCAAACGACGAAGAAUUCGUUGCUCGUGAUCGAGGAUCUCGACCGUCAUUUAGAGGAUAAAUCGAUGGAACUAAGCUUAUCCGGAGUCCUCAACUUCAUGGAUGAAAUAUUCUUCUGCUGCGGCGAGGAGAGAGUCAUGGUCUUCACCAUGAACAACAAGGAAAACGUCUGCGCGUCGAUCCUACGCCCCGGGAGAAUCGACGUCCACAUCAACUUCCCCAUUUACGAUUUCACCGCGUUCAAAAAUUGGAGCCGCCAGAAUCUAGCUCUCCAAGGACAUUCGGUUGUGAUGAUAGCAGAUUAUCAGAGGACUUGGGGCAUGAGUGCUCAAUUCAUUCCAGUCAAAGACUACCUUUCAUCAACCCUAAAGACCAUCAAGAACGGCCCAGCCAAACUGGGCCUAAGAGAUAGAAUCGUGACAGCAAAGGAAAGUUCAGGCUGGAAAGAGUGCUCAGCAAGUAACAGCAGCGCUGGCGAGUGUUUGCCAGCUCUGAAGCAGUGCUGGCAGCUUUGCGCGUGA